UAUUCUGAUGAAACGUACUUUACUAAUAAAAACAGUCUGUCUUUCUUUUCCAUCCUCUGAACAGUUCCAUUUCCUUGACAUAUAAAAUAAAGAAAAACAAGAAAAGCCAGAUCUCAAUCUGUAUGUGAAAGGAAAAAUAUCGUAUUUUCCUUACUAAACUAUGCAACGAAUGAAUCAAAAUUAAAAUCAAAAGAUAUUUUGCCAAUGAAUUAUCAACUUUUUGUAGUUGUUGCAAAAAGUUUUCCUAUAAAUUCUCACGUAGACGAUGGUAAUUUCCAACCCUUUCUCAAAAGCUAAAAUUAGAUUCUCACUUGAUCAAAUUCCAUGGAGGCAAGAACAUCAAAAACCCUUAUGUUUUGGUUGGUUGUGACAUGCAUUGCAGCAGCAGCAGCGUCAGUUGUCCCGUUGGGAUCAGCUGAGGAAACCCCGGAUCUUGGGGCAUGCAUCUCGUCUUUGACAAGUGUGGAAGGUUGUAUCGAGGCAAUCGACAAGGCUGUUUCGGACAAGAAUUUCGGUGAACUAAAAAAGGCUUGCUGCCAGGCAAUCACCCUGCUUUCCGACAAUUGUUGGCCCAUUGUUUUCCCUGAUCAACCUUUGGUUCCUUUCUUACUCAAGACCGUCUGUAAACUUUUAGGGAAUGUUGAGAAAGUUGCAGCAGCACCUUACUAG